AUGGCGAUGACGUGGGUUUCGAUGCCUGACGUGCAGCACGUCAAGAAAUUCUUCCGGAAGAUCAUCUACGAGGAAGACGUUGACUACGACCAAUUCGAGUCAAAGUUGGUCUGAUUUCAAAGUAUUAAGUUGGGUCCUCAAACUUUUAGCAGUGAACUAUUUUUUUUUCUCCCAUGGGAAAAGAAAAUAGUAGAUGAAGAUGACUAGUAUCGCUUACUCUUCUAAUUCUUGUUCAAUGAAGAAUAAAAUGCUUUAUAAAGAUACUUUGUAGGAUCGAUGGAUCAGACAUUGUUACUUUCCGAGAAAACGACAAGGCUUUCCGCUUAUUUGGGACCAAUGUUCAUGUCAAGGUUGCCUUGAUCUUUCAGAACCUUAUCAUAUUUCGAAUCUCCAGAUUGGCUCCUACAUUGCCUGUGGAAUCGGUUUCAUUAUCACCUUGCUUUUUUGCAUAUCCUACACAUUUUUCCACACCCGAGGCCUUGGCCGCAACCCCUUUAUUGACCACUUGGAAUUAGGUAAGUCCUCAGAAAGGAAAAUAAUCAAUGUAUUUUUAUAUUCCAGUUGAUUUGGUUUACGCUUUUGUUAUUGGACUUCCCUGCCACGUUUUACUCUUUCUCGGGUUGAAACAAGAAAAAAAGAUGUAUUUCAGGUUAGAUUCCGUACCAUUUUCGAAAAAAAGCAAAAAAUUGUGAAUUUCAGUCCAUUUUUGGUUUUUUACGUGACCAACUUCAUUUUGAACUGUGUUUUCACGGCGCUGACGUUGAUCGCUUUCGCCAUGGACAUUCAUCAGAAAAUAUUCGGAAACGUUCGGUUUGACCUGGGCUGGACUGUUUUCCAGGUAUUAGAAUUUUUGAAAAUUUUGAAAGGGAAAUUUUUUUUCAGAUUGUUUUCACGGCUGCCCAAGGACUGGCGAUUUAUGUGGUGAUGCGCGGCCGGAAAUACGUAGCCGCCAAGGAUCACUGGAAAAGGAAAAGCAACGAGGUGAAUCUUCACUGUAGUUGUUCAUGGAACCCAUUCUGCGCCAGCUUGUCUCUAUUUAUAAGAAACUGUUAAUUUGACUAAAUUUCGCUUCGGGACCUUUUUUGCAUUCUUCAAGAGCAGAAAUUUUAAGUAUGUGGCGAACGAGUUGCGUAAAUUGAACCGCCUCACUGAAAUCCUUUUUUGAAAAUGUUUUGACCAGCAUGAUUUUUUUCAAUAUUUUUUAAUUAGUCUCGGAAAAGGUCUCUAAUUGUGAAUUUUUCUUCAUUUUUAUAAAAAAAAGUUUUUCUCUAUGUAUCGAGAAUUUCUUUAAUAGCGCACCUGGAGGCUGGCUCAUUUGUCAUCAACAAAACAAUUUUUUUUGAAAUCAACUUGACUUCAACGGGCUUUCAAGUAUAUCACUUAUACAUUUUUCGGAACAAGUGGAAAGAGUCUGACCUUUUUUUUUUCCUUUUUCUCUCGUCCGCCAGGUACUAGGAACAUAGAUAAUAGGACUUACAUGAGAAAAAAAAGAGGGCGCAGGGAAAACGGAAAGUUUUCAUUUGGGACGAAUGGUGUAUUUUAUUGAUUAUUUUGAUCAAAAAAAUUAAUUUAAAAAAACAUUUUCAAUAAAUAAGUUCUUGUAAUGACUGAAGAAUCGACUUGGGUCGCAACUUCUUGUGGAAUGUAAUUUAAAUCAAAAAAUUCAAAAUUCACUUGAUUUCAAUGUUACCAGAAAAAAUUUUCCCGUUGUAUCUAUCAUCUCAUUUAGGCUUUAAUAAUCAGUUCAAACCUUUUUUCCGAAGCCCAAUAUUUCAUUCUUCUCUUUCAGCGCCACGGUUCGGUCGUUGCCGACGGCGUAACAUUUGACGGUCAGACCCACGAGAACGUCGUUUAA